CCAAUGGUCAACUUUACCUUUUCUUGAAUGGCAUUUAUCCCAUAGCGCACUAUAGCUUACCCGACGGUACUAUCAUACAAGAUAUUUGCAUUAAACGCGAUGCAUCCAUUCUACAGUUAUUCUCCACAAGCACCGAUAUACCACCAACCCAUCCAUACCAAAUUCACAAGCUCGACACACAAUACCUCAGAAAGAGAAAGGACGAGAUUUUGAAUAUAGCAGACGUGCAACUUCAACUCAACUAUCUUUUAGAAUACAUCAGAGCCAACGUGGAUGUACUGAAAAAACAUCAUGAUCAUUACGCCCAUUUAACAAGGAAAAUGGCUGAAGAAGUGAGUGAUUGUAUUACAAACGUAGAAGAGAGUGCGAUGGCCAUGCCUUCGGUGGAAUUUAUUGGCGCCUUGGCUACGGGUAUGGUGACCGAACCUUUGCAUCACUUUUUUACUGAAAUUCUCAACAUUAGGGGUAUUAAACAAUGGGAAGACGAUAUGAAUUAUGGGCAUGUCAAUUCAUUAAUUGUGGCCUCGCAGUACAUUUUACCGGCGUGUGAUCGAAUGCUGAUAGAAUUGAGUAAAUUAUACGGUUAUAGUUCAUGGACGCAGCGUUACGGAGAUCUCUUGAAUGAGAAAGAAGUGAAUAACUGCAUAACAUAUGUUCGAGAUCUCAUCAGUGUCAUGUAUCGUUUUAUACGUUCUCUGCAAAACGUCAUGAAGAUCUUUGCAGCCUUUAUCUCUUGGGUUUCUGUAGUUUGGGAAAAAGUGGUAACGUCGGAGUCAGAGUCUUCAAAAAUUGAUUAUAUUUGUGAUGAACCAGAACUCGUAUUGCAAUACUUACAGACGAGCUUUACAGAGGAUCCAUUCAAACACUAUUUUGCGUCCACCCCAGAUACAUCAAACACGAAUCUUGUUCAACUUGUAAACAAGUUAACCAACGGUUGUCAUGACAUGCUGUCCAAACCCUCGACAACCAUAUCCACGAAAAUUAGACACUUGUCUACACUUUCAUUGCUUGGAUUGCCUUUGACCGACACCUUUUCACUCGCUUCUCAUCUAUCUCAGGACAAUAUUAUUUAUUACGCCAUGUCAACACAGAUACCAACGUCUCAAGUGAUCUUGUUACGAAAUCAUAUCAGAAAAAAGAGGAUAGAGUACGCUUGUUUCGCUGUCGAUGGUCUAUUGACAGAUGCUCAAUUUUUUGAUAAACAUGAAUUGGGUGUGGUAGUAGAAAUAGAUCAAGAGAACUCUUGUUUGCAAUCGUAUUCACUCGAGCGUCUACCAUACGAUGUAUUUGGCCAGCAUGAGAUUGUUUCCAGGACGGUAGAGGUAAAGCAUCGCUCGCUAUGUUUAAAAAAAAAGGUAAUAGAUAGGUUCCUGACAUUUUUCCAUUCCCCAGCCUUUUCGAAGUCAACAACUUGUAAAAAUGAUCAAGGUCAAGAUGGGUUGCAACGGUUUACCGCGUAGACGGCUUGUAUGUCUGGCACCUUUGAAUAGGCUGCUACAGAUACGCUCCAUGGAUGCUGAAGAAAAUGAGCAAGAACAAGAGGAGGGUGACUAACCCUUUCAAGACAAUUUAUAUAAAAGUCUCAAGUAGGUUAUGAUGAAAGGAAAUAAACAAAAUACAGGAUGCUUUUUUUUUUUUUCUGUUUUAAAAAAUAUGUAUAAGCGUGAGGGGGUGGGGAGGGAGAACGCAAACACACACACACA